UGUGUUAAGUAUAUACUUGUACGACUAAUGAAAAUUGAUUUAAUUUUAAUACAUAAUUAAUGAUUUAAAUUUUAAUAAAAGUGUAAUAUCUCUGGCAAAUAUAUUUUUUAGUGAAUAUAUUUUUUGAGGUUAAGUGUGUUAAGUAUCUAUUUGUACGACUAACGAAAACUGAUUUAAUUUUAACACAUAAUUAAUGAUUUAAAUUUUAAUAAAAGCGUAAUCAUAUCUCUGGCAAAUAUGAUUUGCUGUAUGAUCUAGGAAAAAUAAAGAAUAUAUAGGGUUACGGUCUCUCUCCUAUACUCUUGACAGAGGAUCUACUCCCAGGAAUUGGGGAAGGAUUCCUGUGAUUGGUCAGGGAAACUUAGUCUACGACCAGCUACGUAGCAGUUUGAAAGGGGUUCUUCAGUUCUCCGUUGGCAGCCGUUGCCUUUAGAUCAUAUAUAUCUUUUCAUCAAUCAGGAAAAAGAAAUCUCGAGUGGCUGGCAUGGUCCAAAGAGAGAUAGAGAGAGAGAAAGAAAGGGAGAAAGAGAGAGAGGAUGCGAGGGUGACUUCACCCAGGGAUUAGGAGAAUCGCGUAGACAGGAGCCGCAACACGCGUGACUAUCUCAAGGAUUCCCUACAUCCUCGAGAGUUCCAUUGCAUCGAUCCUUCUCCAUCAGCCUUCUUUGCUUAUCUCGACUUGUUUCGAGAAGCUGAGGAAACCAUGGAUCGUUUCAGGUUAAGGCAGCGAGCUGAGAAAAAUCGAAGAUGUUCUUUAUCUCCUUCUUCUUCUCUUUCUUUCUUUUUUUUCUUUUUUUACUUUUGGACUUAUCUCGAAUUCGCCGAGAAAAAGAAAUGCAUGCCGAAAUCAGGAUCAGAAAAAAAAGGGAUGUCUUCGAGGCUUCGAUUGUGCUACGAGUUUUACGCUACGGUCACGCAAAUGGGCUGUGGAUCGGCACGAGUUACGGCGCGACUAAACGCUCCGCGGGUACGUCCGGAAAACAUCGACGUAUUCCCGUAGAAAAACUAUAGCCGUUAGCGGCAUACGAUGAAAGAAGAAGAAGAAGAAGAUGAAGAAAAAAAAGAAAAAAAGAAGAAGAAGAAGAGAAGAGAAAAAAGACUUCGUGAUCGGGACGAGAAUCGACUGGAAAAUCGGACGAGAACUCUUCUACAUGCGUUUCCUUGUUUUAACUAAAGAGACAGUCACGCAUUUCGAGGGGCACGUUAAUGAAGAAAUUAAUAAAGCGAAGGAUAGAUGGAAAAAGAGGGAGCCAGAGAGAGAGAGAGAGAGAGAGAGAGAGAGAGAGAGAGCAUUGUGAAAAAAUAUAAAACGAAAUUAGUUAUCCUCCAUUAGUAGAAACACUCGAAAUGUUUGCAGCCGAUAGAAAAUAAAUAUUGGAAAUGUAGCAAAGAGCCAAGGUCCUACCUAUCGAAAUGGAAUUUCCUUGCUGUCAACGAUAAAUCAGAGACACCUUUGCCGAUCGUUUAAAAGACAAUGAGCGAACCGAGAAAACCGUUUGGUAGCAUGACACAGGGUCAACGACGACAAAGCGUCGUCGUCGUCGCGAUGGCGGUCGGUCAAAACAUAGGACGCAAGUAUUAACGAUAACUACAAAGUAGCAAAAGAAAAACGGCAAACUAACGAUAAAUCAGGGCUAUGGCAUUCCUAAGAUAGUGCUCUACCUGAAAGUCAUUACAGUGGCAAAGUAAUUCCCAACUAAGUAAGUAAAGCAAUAAAUACAUAAUGCAUCCGGCGAGUUUCCCACACGCUGCUCGACGGAGCGGCUCUCCGCGGAGAGCUACUACGGUCGCGGCCUUACAGUUCCAUGAAAUCAUGCAUCACGGCGAGCUCGCGCGACCAACUGAGAGAGAAAGAGAUAUAUAGAGAAGAGAGGGAGGAGAAGAGAAGAGAAGAGGAAGGAGAAGAGAAGAGAAGGACGCGCCGAUUUAUUUGCACGGUUGCAAUGCAAGCGCGUCGAUCGACCGAGGAGCCGAGAAUGGAUUCUUUUUUUGUCGAUUGCGAGAGUAGCCUGAAAGAUGCAAACGUUGCCAUGUCGAAAUGUUCGUGGGAAAGCUCGAAAAAAUCUAUUCCUAGUAAACCAAAAAUAUUUUCUUAUUUAAAAUUUAUUAGAUAUAGGAAAUACAUAUGUAAGUACGAUACAUAUGCAUACGUUGCUACCAAACUCAUAUUCUUAUACAUUAUGUAUCAAUUGAUAUUAUAAGAACUCAACAAACUUCGUCGUUUCAAACGACACGUGAGUAUUUAAUAAAACGAGAAACAUGCAGAAUUUAUUAGGAACGCGUCUGUUCUUCUAAAGGAAUUUUUCCUUCGUUACGUCCAAUCGCGUUUACCGCGAGCCGCCGUUCCUUUCAAUGAGCGUGUGAACCACGUCUGACCGUCUCCGAGGAGUUUCCACUGAAUUUCUCGUUCACGUACGACAGUUAAAACCAACGGAUCUUAUGCGAAGAAACGUGAAAUUAAUUAUUCCAACAAUUUUACUUCGGUUAAACGCCUUUAAAUAUUUUAUUUUUCUUUUGACUCGUUUACGUUUUACCUUAAAUUUUGAUUACCCUUGCGAAUUUCGUAUUUGCUCAAAGGAAAUACAUAUCUCCCGAAUGAUUACCGUAUUUGAUUAAACGAGUAACGCACUGAUUUAAUAAUUAAUCUAUCUUGGUAGUCGAACGUACAAUUCACUUUUAAUUUAAUCCGCAAGGAAAGGAAACCCGUCGCAUUACGCUUUCUUCUCUUUCAACUUUUUUUUUGCUUUUCCGCCUUGGGAAAGCCAUCGAGAUGCAGUUUUUUAAUAUAUGCGAUUAAUUAAAUUAUACGUAUAAGAAUUCGUUGAUCGGAGAUAUCGGACGAUCCUGGAGGAUACGUGCUUAGAAAUAUUCAUUUUAAAUUAUCUACUUAAUAAAUACUAUGCUCCUCUAUAACUUUAUAAAUAUGCGAUACGCGAUUGUUUCAUAUUGCACCGGACAAUGUUUUCAUAGAAAUUUUUUUUCUCCUUGUCGAAUUGGAGUUAGUAAUUUAUAAAACAUCGAUUAAAUAUGAUGGUAGAAAAUAUCUUCAAUGGCAAUGAUAACGAAGAUUUGAAAAUAUCCAAUGAAGAUGAUGUGAAAAUAAUAGAAACUAAUCGAGUUUGGAAAAUAUGUGAGGAUAUAAAGAUCAAGAAAGAGAUAUUGGAUGAGAUCGAAGAUUUCUCAGCAAACGACGAACUCGUCGUCGUAGAAGACGUCGAGAAUCCUUUUGAGAAACGCAUAACCACUCUUACGGCCAGAGAACAGCUCGUAUGUACCAUUUGCAGAAUCGAUUUUCCGAAUGAAGAUGAAUUCAAAACUCACAUAAUCCUCCACAGUCACUGUGAACCCUUCCAAUGCGGCUUCUGCUCUAAGCGAUUUUCAAGAUCAUCGAAUUUAGAAAAUCACUUGAAGAGUCACGUUGACUUCGAUUGCAAUUAUUGUUCUCUAAAAUUCCAGGAUGAAAGUACCGUACGAAUUCGCAGAAUAUGUCCGAAGGAACGGUGCUUCGAAUGUGGAAUCUAUCAAAAGAAAUCUUCGCGCGAUCGCAAAGCGAGUUACGCAAAGAAAAAGUCGUUUGAGUGCUCGAUUUGCAAGAAGAACUUCUUGAGACGCAGCGGUCUCAGAGCUCAUACGAUCGUCCACACUGCUGAUUCUCCCUACGAGUGUAAUCUCUGUCCUGCAAGAUUUAAAAGAUCCUCCGUUUUAAAGACCCACAAAUUGACGCAUACCGAUGUCAGAAGAUUUGAAUGCGAUAUUUGCAAGCAUCGUUUUCAUUUAAAAGGUGCAUUAAAACAUCACAUACUGGCGCAUUACGGCGUAAGACCGUACAAGUGCAAAGAUUGCGGUAAGCGUUAUAGAAGAUCCUGGGGCCUAAAAGUUCACAUGUAUCGACACACGGGAGUGAAGCGCUUCGAGUGCGAUCUCUGCAAGGAUCGUUUCAGCGUUAAGACGAAGCUGGCGAAGCACAUAUAUCAACAUACGGGAGAAAAACCGUACAAAUGCGAGUUCUGUACUCGUCAAUAUGAUGAAAGAUAUCUUCUUAAGAGUCACAAAUGUCCGAUGAACUUGGAUACUUUUUCGAAAUGUAAAGUCGACGAUCAUGAUCGAUCUGCUGAGAGGAUUUUGCUCGUUUUGUAAUAAUUAUAGUAUGAUCUGAGUGUUCUAAUUAACGAGUAAA